AUAAUAAAACAAAACAAAAUAAAAGAAACGAAACAGGAGAGCAGUUAGUUAGAGUUAGGAAAAGUAAUAAACGAAGAAAUAUUGAAAUUUUAUAAAAUUGCAUUUUUAAGGAACAAAAAGAAAAAGCUCUAAUAAGCAAAAAUGCAUAUCCUACACCGUGGCAAUGAUCAUCAAUUUGAAGAUCAAAAAUUUAUGAUGGAGCGUUUAACUAGUCAUGGCAGUUUGGGUCUAUCUGGUAACAGUUCUGCAUAUACCACGCAUACCGGCAGCCAUGCCGGUCGGGGUGGACCAGCAGCCGGCCAUGGCGGUCACAGCAGCACACAUGGUUCGGCCGCUACGAUGCAUCAUCAAUCAUUACAAUCUGACUUUCAGCCUCCAUACUUUCCGCCACCGUUUCAUCAUUCAACGCAAAGUCCGCCCCAACAACAGAACCACGGUGCUUUAGAGUACCUGGGGACGGAUCCCUAUGGCCAACCUUUGCCUACAUUACAUCAUACACCCCUCCAUCAUUAUAAUCAAUUAGCUGGAUUGCGUUCGACCCAGGAUCAACUGGGCAUACACAGAUCUCAUAGAGAAGCCGAACUUCAAGGUCACGUGGUACGUAAUUAUAUCUUUUUUUUUUUUUUUUUCGUUUAGCUUUUUAAAUAGCUUAAGAAAUACCUUCUUACAUAUAACACUUCAUCCUAUCAUCAUAGCAUUUACACUUUACAUAAUUACAUAGUAAAUGCGUUUUCUUAGAUUAAAGCAAAGCACAAUAGUGUUAAUUUCUCCUCUAGCACUAUCCUCCCUCUACUUAAAGGCAUGAAAAGUGGGAAGGACGUAGGAAACAUCGGAUCAGGUUCACCAAGUGAAGUGUUUUGUGCUGUACCCGGACGUUUGAGUCUUUUAUCAAGUACUUCCAAAUAUAAAGUAACAAUUGCUGAAGUUCAACGUAGAUUAUCUCCACCAGAGUGCCUGAAUGCCUCGCUACUAGGCGGAGUUCUAAGACGAGCUAAAAGUAAAAAUGGCGGUCGACUCUUAAGAGAAAAACUUGAAAAGAUUGGCUUAAAUUUGCCCGCCGGUAGACGCAAAGCCGCAAAUGUUACUCUCUUGACCUCGCUGGUGGAGGGCGAAGCUGCUCACUUGGCUAAGGAUUUUCAUUUUGUUUGCGAAACCGAGUUCCCAGCCCGACAGCUUGCCGAAUACAUUGUCCGGCACAAUACUGAUCCACAGGAAUCGUAUCGUAGGAAAGAACUCUUACUGCAUUCGCAACAGAUAACAAAAGAGCUAAUGCAAGUUCUUAGCCAAGAUCGAACGACACAGUAUGGUACACGAUCCCAGCAUCUAUUAGAACCUUCCAUGCAACGUCAUCUAACGCAUUUCUCUUUGAUUACACACGGAUUCGGCUCACCCGCCAUAAUGGCCGUUCUUCAUGCCUUUCAAACUUUCCUGAAUGAAUCGUUAAACUACUUGGAAAAAUUGUAUCCUUCGAAUGGUGGCGGCAUGGUCUCAUCCUCGCUGGACAAGAGUAAAAUGGAUUCGGACAAGAAAUGAUAAAAAUAGUUUUAUUAAAAAAAAAAAAAGAAAGAAAGAGAAAGAGAAACAAAAAACAAACAAAAGAAAAGCAACAAAUGGAAGAUAAAAAGUGAAAGAUAUAAGUUUACAAAAACAAAUAAUCAGUUAAAACGUUCAAAACGUAUGUUCGCUUAAAAGAGGCAUAUCAUCCGUUUAUUACAUCCAUACUCACAUAAGAGAGCGAAAGCUUAAGCAUAAAAA